AUGUCUAUGUCAGCGGAAGAGACCACCAAAGUACGAGAUGGUUUCCCCAGACCCUUUCCCAACAUUCCCUCCAAUGUGACGGAGCAAUUCCGCCUAAACGGAAAGGUCUGUAUUGUCAAUGGUGCCGCUGAUGGUCUUGGAUACGCUGUAGCUGAAGGCUAUGCUGAGUCCGGAGGCAAUGUUGCGCUGUGGUAUAACUCGAACGAUGCUGCUAUCGAAAAGGCUCGUUCAUUAUCGGAGAAGCACGGAAUCAAGGCUUCGGCUUACAAGGUCGAUGGUAGGAUUCAAGAUGCCUUGAAAAAGGUCCUUGAUGACUACGGCAAGAUUGAUGUUUAUGUCGCAAACGCAGGCAUGGCCAUUUCAAAGCCAAUUCUUGAGCAGACUAUCGAGGAAUACAAGAAGCAAAUGUCUGUUAAUGUUGACGGCGUUGUUUACUCUGCAAAAUACGCUGGCGAGAUCUUCAAGCGUCAAGGUUUCGGCAACUUCAUCAUCACAUCCAGCAUGAGCGCCCAUAUCGUCAACGUACCAACCGACCAGCCAGUUUACAACGGCAGCAAAGCCUUCAUCACCCACUUUGGGAAGUCCCUUGCUAGAGAGUGGCGCGAGUUUGCACGUGUGAACAUCGUAUCUCCUGGUUUCUUUGACACAAAGAUGGGUGCAAGCCCUGAAGCUCUCAACGAGGCAUACCGCAUGGCUGUGCUAGGAAGACAGGGACAUGUCAAGGAGAUCAAGGGUCUUUAUCUAUACCUUGCUAGCGACGCUUCGACCUACAUGACGGGUAGUGACUUGCUUAUCGAUGGAGGUUACGUGCUACCUUGA